AUGGCGUUGCAAGCUCAGGCUCCAGACCCGAGCGAGCGCAUCUUCGUCGAGUUACGCAGCAAGAACGACGAGAUCAAGAACAAGGCUGCCACUGAGCUGAAGGAACUCAUCACCUUACUCUCAAGAGAAUGGCCCCCGGAACGCUUCAGUGCCUUCUACGAUAGAGUCACCAAUCGAAUCAGUAACCUCAUAGUUCAAGCACCGGACUCCAGUGACAAAGUUGGUGGUAUCCUGGCCCUAGACCGCCUGAUCGACUGUGAAGCUGUUGAUGCCGCUCAAAAAGCCUCUAAAUACUCCAACUACCUUCGAGCCGCGUUGAAAAGUAAUGACUUCCUCGUUCUCGAUGCGGCCAGCCGUGCGCUGGGGCAUCUGGCUCGACCUGGUGGUGCCUACACGGCGGAGCUGGUUGAAGCCGAGAUGACAUCUGCUUUCGAAUGGCUGCAGCCGGAGAACAAGCAGGAAAGUCGGAAACUGGCCGCAGUACUCCUGAUCCGCGAAAUGGCCAAGAACUCUCCUACCCUCGUUUACGGCUUCAUCCCUCAGAUCUUCGAGUUGAUCUGGAACGCCCUGCGAGAUCCCAAGGACCUCAUCCGGAGAAUAGCAGCCCAGUCUGUCAGCGCUUGUUUCGGGGUAAUGGUAGCAAGAGACGCUCAAUUUCAGGCUCACUGGUUUGCCAAAAUAUAUUCAAAGGCUCUGGAAGGCUUUCGGCCCAACACUACCGUUGACGAGAUCCUGGGUUCUCUUUUGAUUCUCAUGGAAUUACUUCAGCAAGGAAACAUGUUUAUGCAUGACUUUUAUCGCAAUGCCUGCGAAAUCGUGCUCCGUCUGAAAGACCAUCGAGAUGCUAGGAUCAGAACGCAGGUCGUACAAAUCAUCCCUGUGCUCGCGGAAUAUGCACCUCUCGACUUCAUCAACAACUACCUUCACAAAUUUAUGAUUUAUCUACAGGCCCAGCUGAAACGUGAGAAGGAGCGCAAUCAGGCUUUCAUUGCUAUAGGGCAGAUUGCAAAGGCUGUUGGCAGUUCUAUCGCUCAGUAUCUCGACGGAAUUGUUCUUUAUAUCCGCGAAUCUCUCAGUGCCAAAACCAAGAACAGGGCAGCUGUGGACGAGGGUCCGAUGUUUAGAUGCAUUAGCAUGCUUGCGGGUGCGGUUGGACAGACUCUCAGCAAAUACAUGGAGGCUCUUCUCGAUCCCAUCUUCGCCUGCGGGCUGACAGAACCGUUGGAGAAUGCUCUCGAAGACAUGGCACACAACAUCCCCCCUAUCAGAUCAACGAUCCAGGACAAGUUGUUAGAUCUCCUGAGUUUGAUCCUGGUCCGUUCUCCAUACCGACCCCUAGGAUGCCCACCGAACAGAACCCCUCCUUUACCUUCAUUCGCCAAAGACUAUGGAGGCCUUCCAGCAGAGUACAAAGAUUCGGAGAUCACACUUGCUCUCAUGACACUGGGCAAAUUCGACUUCUCAGGUCAUAUCCUCAACGAAUUCGUGCGCGAUGUGACCCUCCGCUAUGCCACAAACGAAAACCCAGAUAUUCGUCGAGCUGCUGCGCUUACAUCUUGCCAACUGUUCAUGCAAGAUCCGAUAUUGCAUCAGACUAGCAACAACGCGAUCCAAGUCGUUGGUGAGGUGGUAGACAAGCUUCUGACUGUGGCUGUUGGUGAUCCUGACGCCGACAUCCGAAUGACCGUGUUACGGGCUUUGGACAAGAAGUUUGACAAGCAUUUGGCAAGACCAGAAAAUAUCCGUUGCCUCUUCCUGGCUGUCAACGAUGAAGUAUUUGCCGUUCGUGAAGCUGCUAUCGAGAUCAUAGGAAGGUUAACAACAGUCAACCCUGCGUACGUCUUUCCACCAUUGCGAAAGCUGUUGGUGAAUCUAUUGACGGGACUCGGCUACUCAAACACAGCCAAGCAAAAGGAAGAGAGCGCCCGCCUAAUCAGCCUGUUCGUUGCAAACGCAACUUCUCUAGUUAAGACUUACGUGGAGGCAAUGGUUUCCGCUCUCUUACCAAAAGCUACUGACCCAAAUCCAGGGGUAGCCUCCACAACAAUCACGGCUCUCGGAGAUCUCACUUCUGUUGGAGGCGAAGAAAUGGUGCACCAUCUUCCUCAAUUGAUGCCCAUAAUGAUCGACGCCCUGCAAGAUCUUGCAUCGCAUGAUAAACGUGAAGCGGCUAUGAGGACGCUGAGCUCACUAGCAGUCAAUUCUCAAUACGUAAUUGACCCCUACAUCGACUAUCCCGAACUUCUAGGGAUAUUGAUCAACUUGAUCAAGACAGAAGCUCAUGAGGAGCUCAGAACUGACGCUAUCAAAUUAGUCGGUGUUCUCGGAGCCCUUGAUCCUUACAAAUACCAACAAUUGAGCGAAUCAGUGGCUGAAAAGCAGAGCAAGGCAGAGGUACAACCUGUGUCCGAUGUCGCCUUGAUAAUGCAAGGCUUGACACCAUCCAACGAGGAGUACUAUCCAACGGUCGUUAUCAACACGCUCAUGCAAACCAUAUUAGCAGAUCACACCUUGGUACAGUAUCAUAGCGCCGUAAUAGAUGCGGUCGUGACAAUAUUCAAGACUAUCGGCAUGAAAUGUGUCCCUUUCUUGGGACAAAUCAUCCCUGGAUUUUUGGGCGUGAUCCGCAGCUCACAUCCCAGUCGACUCGAGUCAUACUUCAACCAGCUCUCUGUUCUAGUGAAUAUUGUUCGUCAGCAUAUCAGAGCGUUCCUUCCAGAAGUCAUUGCUGUCAUACGUGAGUUCUGGAACGUUUCGAGGCAGGUUCAAUCGACAAUUCUUUCUCUAGUCGAAGCAAUCUCGAAAUCACUAGAGGGGGAGUUCAGAAGAUAUCUUGCGGGACUCUUGCCCCUGAUGCUCGCAGUGAUCGAAAAUGAUUCAGAUCUGAGACGCGAAUCAUCGAUUCGCAUCUUGCACACUUUCCUUGUCUUUGGUGCCAGCGGAGAAGAAUAUAUGCACAUGAUCGUUCCAGCAAUUGUUGGUAUCUUGGAGAAUCCGGCUGCACCCACGAAUGCGAGGAGAGCAGCCAUCGAUACUUUAGGGAAACUUUCAAGGACUGUCAACGUCACGGAUUUUGCAUCGCUUAUGGUCCACCCGCUUGCAAAGCUACUAGCUAGUCCCGAAAAAGUAUCCACGAACUCCUCGGAACGGUCAUUGAAGACUGCUGCUCUAGACUGCAUCUGUGCAUUAAUUUACCACCUUGGUCAAGACUUUAUUCACUACUUGCCGCUAGUUGAGCGAGCAACAAAGGCCGGACAAAUUAACUCGGAGCGAUUUCAAAAGCUCGUUGAAAACUUCAAGACUGGCAAGACACUGCCCGUAGACUUCUAUCCAGAGGAACAGUAUGGGUUAGCAGCUGAGGAUACGACGUACGCCAAUAUCACAUCACAAAGACUUCCCGUCAAUCAGCAGCAUCUGAAAAAUGCUUGGGAUACUUCUCAGAAAUCCACAAAAGAGGACUGGCAAGAAUGGAUGCGCAGAUUCAGCGUUGAAUUAUUGAAAGAGUCCCCAUCACACGCACUGCGAGCAUGCGCAAGCCUCGCUGGCGUCUAUCAGCCGCUAGCCAAAGACCUUUUCAACUCAGCAUUUGUUUCAUGUUGGACAGAGCUCUACGACCAGUAUCAGGAAGAGCUAAUUCGCUCCAUAGAGAAGGCACUAACUUCAACGGCUAUCCCGCCGGAUAUUCUCCAAACACUGUUGAAUCUUGCCGAGUUCAUGGAGCAUGACGACAAGUCUCUACCUAUCGAUAUCAGAACUCUGGGAAAAUAUGCCGCCAAAUGCCAUGCUUUUGCAAAGGCACUUCAUUACAAAGAGCUCGAAUUUGAGCAGGAUCAGAACAGCCACAGUGUAGAAGCGUUGAUAAGUAUCAACAACCAGCUCCAGCAGUCUGAUGCCGCCAUUGGUAUCCUACGCAGAGCACAACUCUUUGGCGAGGUUGAACUGAAGGAGGCAUGGUUCGAAAAGCUUCAGCGAUGGGAAGAAGCGUUGGCAGCAUAUCAAAAACGAGAAAAAAUUGAGCCGGAAAACUUCGACAUUGUUAUGGGCAAGAUGCGUUGCUUGCAUGCCCUCGGUGAAUGGAAAAUGCUCUCUGAAAUCGCACAAGAACACUGGAAUAGCGCCAGCACGGAGAAUCGAAAGAACAUGUCUGCCCUUGCAGCAGCGGCAGCUUGGGGCAGAGGCGAAUGGGACCUCAUGGACAACUACAUCAGUGUUAUGAAAGAGAGUUCGCCGGACCGAGCAUUCUUCGGCGCUAUUCUCGCAAUUCAACGCAACAACUUUCAUGAAGCUCACAACUUCAUUCUUCGGGCGCGCGAGGGUGUCAAUUCUGAGAUAACAACUACGAUCGGAGAAUCUUACAACCGUGCCUACGGUGUGGUGGUCCGGACACAAAUGCUUGCAGAGCUCGAGGAAAUCAUCUCUUACAAACAGAGCGACGGUAUGACCGCAAGACAGAAUUCAUUGAAGUUGCUGUGGAACAAGAGACUAUUGGGCUGUCAAUCAAAUGUCGAAGUCUGGCAACGUAUGCUCAAGGUUAGGGCCCUUGUAUUGACCCCCACCGAUAAUCCAGACAUUUGGAUCAAGUUCGCAAAUCUAUGCCGGAAAUCAGAUCGAAUAGGGCUCGCUGAAAGAUCGUUGGCAUCUCUUGGAGGAGCAGGCGAUCCACCGGGCGGACCAGGUGGUGCACCCCCGCCAGUGGCUUAUGCCAGGCUCAAAUUCAAUUGGGCAACUGGGAGCCAACAAUCGGCCCUGGCAUUCCUUCGAGAUUUCACCAUGCGGCUUGCCGAUGAUUUCCAGGUCAAUACUAGCUUGGCAUCUGGUGUACAUAACGAAAGAAUGAAUUCAAUGAACGGUCUCGAUAUGAACGGACAUGAUGCAUUGGCCCAACGACGCAAACACGAGGAAUUAGACAAAUGCGCUAAACUCCUUGCAAAAUGCUAUUUGAGACAAGGAGAGUGGCAAUCAUACCUUCUUCGGGGGGAUUGGACUAGCCCUCGAGCGCAAGAAGCUGUCCGCGACAUUCUGAAUUCAUACCAAGCAGCUACACAGUACAACGAAUCUUGGUACAAGGCGUGGCAUGCUUACGCUUUGGCUAAUUUCGAAGUCGUUACAUCAAUGGUCUCUCAUACAGACCAGGACAAAGUCAGAACUCUUCCGGAGCAUGCCAUUCAAGCCCAUGUUGUGCCUGCUAUUGGUGGCUUCUUCAAAUCUAUCGCGUUGUCAAAAACCAGCUCUUUGCAAGAUACUUUACGGUUAUUGACGCUUUGGUUCGCUCACGGUGGUCAUAGUGAGGUCAAUCAAGCCGUGAUUGAAGGCUUUGCUUCCGUAAGCAUUGACACAUGGCUAGAAGUCAUUCCUCAAUUGAUCGCCCGCAUCAACCAACCUAAUCCAAGAGUGAGGGCUGCAGUGCAUCGAUUACUCGCCGAGGUUGGCAAGGCACAUCCUCAAGCACUGGUCUAUCCUUUAACUGUGGCCAUGAAGUCGGCAGUAGCACGACGUGCAAAUUCUGCCACCCAAAUCAUGGACAGUAUGAGAAUUCACAGCCCAAUACUGGUUGAGCAAGCAGAUCUUGUCAGUCAUGAGCUCAUUAGGGUGGCUGUGCUUUGGCAUGAACUUUGGCACGAAGGCCUCGAAGAGGCAUCACGUCUGUAUUUCGGAGAUCAAGAUGUAGAGGGUAUGCUUGCCACUCUUGCACCUCUACAUGAGCUUCUUGAUCGAGGUGCGGAAACGUUGAGAGAAGUAUCAUUCGCCCAAGCCUUUGGUCACGACCUUGCAGAAGCUAGAGCCUUUUGCAAUACUUUCCGUCGAUCGAAGGAGAUUGGGGACCUGAAUCAAGCUUGGGAUCUGUACUACGCCGUCUUCCGCAAGAUCGCCCGUCAACUUCCACAAUUGAUGAGUCUCGACUUGAAAUAUGUAUCACCAAGAUUGAAGGACGCUCACGAUCUAGACCUCGCAGUUCCUGGCACGUACGUGUCUGGCAAGCCUAUCAUCAAAAUCAUUAGCUUCAAUCAUGUCCUGACUGUCAUUCCAUCGAAGCAACGGCCACGGAAAAUGACCUUAAAAGGUUCCGACGGUAUACCUUACGACUUCGUCCUGAAAGGACACGAAGAUAUUCGUCAAGAUGAACGAGUCAUGCAACUCUUUGGUCUGGUCAACACUCUAUUGACAAACGAUACCGAAUCAUUCAAACGUCAUCUAAACAUUCAGCGGUUUCCUGCCAUUCCACUUUCUCAGAACAGUGGUCUCCUGGGGUGGGUUCCGAAUUCCGACACUCUACACAAUUUGGUCAAAGAGUAUCGGGAAUCACGCCGCAUCCUGCUCAACAUUGAGCACAGGAUCAUGCUUCAAAUGGCACCGGAUUACGAUAACUUGACUUUAAUGCAAAAGGUCGAAGUAUUUGGCUACGCCAUGGAUAAUACGACAGGAAAAGAUCUAUACCGUGUACUCUGGCUCAAAUCCAAGAGCUCUGAAGCGUGGCUCGAUCGACGCACCAAUUAUACCAGAUCGCUUGCUGUCAUGAGCAUGGUAGGGUAUAUUCUUGGCCUGGGUGAUCGCCAUCCAUCUAAUCUUAUGCUUGAUCGAAUUACUGGCAAAAUCAUCCACAUUGAUUUCGGCGACUGUUUUGAGGUGGCAAUGCACCGUGAGAAGUAUCCAGAGAGGGUUCCUUUCAGAUUGACCAGAAUGCUCACCUUCGCAAUGGAAGUUAGCAACAUCGAAGGUUCCUUCAGAAUCACAUGCGAGAACGUCAUGCGUGUGAUCCGUGAGAACAAAGAGUCUCUUCUUGCAGUCUUGGAGGCAUUCAUCCAUGAUCCUCUCCUUAACUGGCGUCUCAACACCCGCGAAUCACCACCGAGACCACAUUUCCGCUCCGAGCGCAGACAAAGCAUUAUCGAUGCCCCAGGCACAAAUGCGGAUGCCUAUGAUCGCAGCCCCAUGGAAGUUAACAACCCGUCCGCGCUCAUAACUGGCGGUGCUGCCCAAAGCCACGUUGGAGCACCUCCGGGUCGCCGGCAUCGCCGAAGCAGUAUUCUCGACCCGGCCAUGGGAGGAGGCACCAUUCUCGACGCAGCCAAAGGCGGAGACCAGAACGCGGCGGCGCAGGAAGCAAAGGAAGUCCAAAACGCACGUGCCCUGCAGGUUCUUGCACGAAUCAAGGAGAAAUUGACGGGACGAGACUUCAAGCCCUCGAGCCCUGGGUCAGCCAGCGCAGCGGUCCACGCCAAUCUACGCGCCGAUCUCAACGGACUGGGUCUUGGUCUCAAUCUGGGACACAUGGAUGGUAAAUUAAACGGUUACGGGCAGAACGGCAGGACCAGCGCCGCAAUGAUGGAUGGAGGACCGGCAAAGUCGAUCGCGAUCGCAGGCUCCGUGCCGGAGACGACCAUGGCUGGAGUCGGUGGCCUCGGUGUCGCCGAGCAGGUCGAUCGAUUGAUUCUCGAAGCUAUCAACGUCGAGAACCUUUGCCAGCAUUAUAUCGGGUGGUGCUCGUUCUGGUAA